AAAACCGCCACGCGUACAAAAUUACAAAUACAGUGCCCGCGGAGACCGGAGCACCGGCAAGAGACAGAUUCUCCCUCCCCAAGGCCCAAUCUCCACCCCGAUCCGAUCGGAACCCCCGAGAUCCAGCGCCAUGGCGUCCCGGAGCUGCACCUUCCUCGAGAUCCUGCUCGCCAUCAUCCUCCCGCCGCUCGGCGUCUUCCUCCACUACGGAUGCUGCAGCAUGGAGUUCUGCAUCUGCCUGCUGCUCACGAUCCUCGGCUACAUCCCCGGCAUCAUCUACGCGGUCUACGUGCUCGUCGCCCUCGACCGGGACGAUUACCAGAGGGAAUACUAUGCUGUUGCUUAGCCCAGUGUAACUCUGUAAUAUCUUUGGCUUUGCGAUGAAUCCGCCUUAUCGAACUUGUACACUGUGUAAUUUUCAUCUGGAUUAUUUGGCAUGGCUUUGUGCUGUAUAGACCGGUGCUACUCCAUGGUCUCGUGUGGUCCAGUCGGGCCUUUUUGCAGUCUGUUCCAAUGUUUAAACUGUGGUCCGGUUUCAGUGUUGUGUAGUUCUGAUGCAACCCAAUAAACUUCAACCCUUUGGGUUUAUUAUUGGUGUGUGAUGUGGUA